AUGAAUCUUGCGAAGUUCCUGAAAGGAAACGUUGGGAUUUUGUACGGAACAACGGAUUAUGAGCCGGUGUUGAUUCGUGCGCGUCAGCAGUUCAACGAGAACAGCAAAAUGUUGUGUUGGCAUCAUGUGAUUCCUGAAAUGAACCACAACGAGCUUGUUGGAUGGGGUGGAGGAGACGAUCGUUUUGCAACGGUUUUCUUCGAAACAGACAUGAACCCACGCAAUGAGAAGCGUAUGGGAAUCACUAAAGAAGUGAUUACAGGAAAAUCCAGUAAAGUGAUGACGAUUCAAGCGAAAGGAAACAAUCGUAUUGAACGGUCGAUUUACCUGAUCAACAUUGUAGAUUGGGCGUCACUAUACUUAUCUGACCUAAAAGAAGUAGACCCGAUUGAUAUUGCCGUGAUCGAUUAUCUAAAAGGAUCACUGGCCGACUUUAAAUAA